AUGGCUAUUGCCGACAGUCACCACCGCCACCAAAAGUGGAGACUAUGCGGGUUGUGGCAGUCAGCAACGACCUCUUCUCCUUCCUCUACUCAGAAACUUCGUAAUAACUCUCAAAGUCACAACUACCAAAACGGCGGCGUCGGUUCGAGAAACCAGUCGUCCUCAUCCACCGUCUCCAUCUCUUCAUUUGCCAGAUUGAUCCUUCCGGCUAGACGAAGACUUCGCCUCGAUCCUUCGAGCAAUCUAUACUUCCCCUAUGAACCAGGAAAGCAGGCGAGGAGUGCAAUUAGGAUUAAGAAUUCCAGCAAGUCUUACGUUGCAUUUAAGUUUCAAACUACUGCACCAAAGAGUUGUUAUAUGCGCCCCCCUGGCGGUAUUCUUGCUCCUGGAGAAAAUCUCGUUGCUACUGUGUUCAAGUUUGUGGAGCAUCCAGAGAACAACGAAAAGCCUACGGAUCAGAAGAGCAAGGUUAAAUUCAAUAUCAUGAGUCUAAAGGUCAAAGGAGGAACAGAUUUUGUUCCUGAGUUGUUUGAUGAGCAAAGGGAUCAAGUCACUCUUGAGCGAAUAUUACGCGUUGUCUUCUUGGAUCCAGAGCACUCAACUCCUGCACUUGAAAAACUGAAGCGUCAAUUGGCUGAAGCUGACGCUGCUACAGAAGCACGCAAGAAGCCUCCACCGGACACAGGUCCACGUGUUGUUGGGGAAGGUCUUGUUAUAGAUGAAUGGAAAGAACGAAGGGAGAAAUAUCUUGCUCGGCAGCAGGAUGAGGCUGUAGUUUCGAUGGAAUCCUCAGGGCCACCACCCCUCUCUGCUACUGUGUAUAUAGUGGAAAGAAGAAAAACUUGCUCUUUAUCCACUUGCAUAAACUUCAAAUUUACUGCAAUAAUGCUAGAAGGCAAAGCAGUAAUUGGUGAGACAGAUAUGCUCGAAACCAUGCAACAAGAGGCUCUUCAUAUAGCAGCAAAGGCACUUGAUUUCUUCGAUGUCACUGAGGCCACUGAAAUAGCCCGUUUCAUUAAGAAGGAAUUUGACAGGCAAUAUGGAUCUGGAUGGCAAUCCUUACGAUUUUGCUCUUCAGAGGAUCAAAUGGACAAGAACCCUAGGCACGUGAAUUUCCAGCUUGCCAUUGAGGCGUCUGAAAUGAGGAGACUUCUCUUCGUCCUUCAGAAAUUCUCGUAUCACUGA